GGGUUUUGUAAUCGUUUGCUGGAAGCCGUAGUUCAACUUCAGAGAUAGCUCGCCAUGGGGAGGAGACCUGCAAGGUGUUAUCGCCAGAUCAAGAACAAGCCCUACCCUAAGUCACGGUAUUGUCGUGGUGUGCCAGAUCCAAAGAUCAGGAUUUAUGAUGUCGGAAUGAAGAAAAAGGGAGUUGAUGAAUUUCCCUUCUGCGUGCAUUUGGUUAGUUGGGAGAAGGAGAAUGUUACCAGUGAGGCACUGGAAGCUGCACGCAUUGCAUGCAACAAGUACAUGACUAAGUUUGCUGGAAAAGAUGCAUUUCACCUCAGGGUGAGGGUUCAUCCUUUCCAUGUACUGCGAAUAAACAAAAUGUUGUCAUGUGCUGGGGCGGAUAGGCUCCAAACUGGCAUGAGGGGGGCUUUUGGUAAGCCCCAGGGGACAUGUGCACGUGUGGCCAUUGGUCAGGUCCUUCUCUCUGUUCGCUGCAAAGAUACAAACAGUCAUAAUGCCCAAGAGGCCUUGCGCCGUGCAAAGUUCAAGUUUCCUGGUCGUCAGAAAAUCAUUGUCAGCAGGAAAUGGGGGUUUACCAAGUUCAGCCGUUCUGAUUAUGUGAGGUGGAAAGCGGAUAACCGAAUCUUGCCAGAUGGUGUCAAUGCCAAGCUUCUCGGCUGCCAUGGACUGUUGGCAAGGCGACAACCUGGAAGAGCAUUCUUAGAUGCAGCUGCUUAGAACAUCUUUUUGAUUUAAGAUAUAUGGCUUCAGGCCAAUUUUGGCAGCAAGUUAAUUUUUGGUUUUGUCGUAUGCUUUAUGUGGUACUUGCUCCUGUUUUCAUGCUAGAAUGUGUUUUGAACUGUUGAUACCGUAUUGGAAUACCUUUAUUGAGUGCUUUUCUUGCUAGAAUGCGUUCUAAAUUGUGGCAAAGUGGAUACCUUUGCAUCUGUUGCAAGACUUGUGACUGAUGUAUUAUUGUUGUCAGCUGGAGUUGGAAUUUAUUUGUUACUUUCUUCACCAUCAACUUUAUGUUAGUUAAUUGAACUGCUUGCUGCUGCUUAUGGCU